CACAUGGCGGAAUGUUGUGAUCUGUCUUCUCCUUGAUCUCUUUUAUAUUUUAAAGUUUAUGCAAAUCUCAAGACCGUGGCGUCCUCCUAAGAUCCUUCUCUUCACGUAAUGCCUAAGAGAACUUCCGAACAAACUGUACAAAACAAGGAGACAUUCCCCAAAGAGGUUGAUGAGAAUCUGUUUCGUUUUGAGGAAAAUCAAACAGACAGGUUAAAAGAGAAUGCUGAUUCAUCAGAUAGUGAAGAAAGCUACUACUCCGGACUAGAAAGCGAGUCAGAAACAUCAGAUGAUGACGAUGACGACGAACAGGACUCUAAUUCGGGAGAAGAGGCAACAAGUGGUAAUGAGUCUUCUGGUGAUAGUGACAAUAAUGAAAAGAAUGAUGAUGUCAAUGUGACAGAGAAAUAUAAUAGUGAGCCAAACAAAAAUGAAGAUGUGGUGAAGAAGAAAGUAAAAGAGUCAGUUGAUGAAGAUAACACAUCUGACGAGGAGGAUGCAUGUAAUACCAUUGGAAACAUUCCUGUAGAGUGGUAUAAUGAGUAUCCUCACAUAGGCUACAACUUGGAUGGACAAAGAAUAUUGAAGCCUGCUACUGCUGAUGAGUUGGAUCAAUUCUUGUCUAAAAUGGAUGAUCCUAAUUAUUGGCGAACAGUCCAAGAUAAAUCAACCAUGAAAGAAGUUGUUCUAAGUAAUGAAGAGUUGGAUAUUAUUGAUAGACUUCAAAAUUCUAAGUUUCCAAGUGCUGGAUAUGAUCCUUAUGAGCCCUAUGUAGAUUUUUUCACUGGUGAGAAGAUGAUACAUCCCUUGACUAAUGCUCCUGAACCCAAAUCACGUCACAUUCCAUCCAAAUGGGAACACAAGAGGGUUAUAAAGAUUGUCAGAGCAAUUAGGAAUGGCUGGAUAAAACCCAGGAAAGAUGAAAAGACUGAUAAACCAAGGUAUUAUCUGAUCUGGGAUAAAGAUGACAACCAGGCGAAACCAAGGCACAACAUGCAUAUUCCUGCACCUAAAAUGAAACUCCCAGGCCAUGAGGAGUCUUAUAAUCCUCCACCAGAAUACUUACCAACUGAGGAAGAGAUUGCAGCAUGGGAAGCCAUGGAUCCUGAUGAAAGACCACAAAAUUUUCUUCCUAAAAAGUACUCAAGUCUCCGCCUUGUUCCAGCUUAUAAUAAGUUUAUCCAAGAACGUUUUGAGAGAUGUCUGGACUUAUAUCUCUGCCCAAGACAAAGAAAAAUGAGGCGAACACAAAGUCGUCAUUAUCAAUCAUUAUCUUGGUUGCAAAGAGUUGUGUGAAACGACGGAUAAAUUAUUUGAUAUUCCUACAGGAGAAGCUGAGAAAGAAUCUGGCGUACAGUGGUCAGUGGCUAUAGGGGAAGACUACAGAAAUGGAGAACGUUUAGUUUUAAAACACAGCAAGGUCAUAUCGCAGAUAACAUGGCAUGGAAAGGGAGAUUAUUUGGCGUCGGUUGUACCCCAGGGUGGCAACAAAUCUGUGUUCAUCCACCACAUACCAAAACGUCGAAGUCAGUGUCCCUUCAAGAAAUCCAAAGGUUUAAUCCAAAGAGUGUUGUUUCACCCGACGAGACCAUUUCUUUUUGUCGCUACACAGAGAUUUAUCAGAGUCUACGACCUCAUCAAACAAGAGCAAACAAAGAAACUUGUGUCAAACGUGAAGUGGAUCUCCAGUAUGGCUGUGCAUCCAAAAGGGGAUAACUUGAUUGUGGGAAGUUAUGACCGUCGGCUAUGCUGGUUUGAUUUGGACUUGUCGACUAAACCGUACAAAACGCUAAGGAGUCAUAAAAAGGCCUUACGUCAGGUGGCUUUCCAUCGGCAUUACCCUCUGUUCGCAUCUGCCAGCGAUGACGGUACAGUUAUUGUUUGCCACGGACGAGUCUUCAAUGACUUGAUGCAGAAUCCUUUGAUAGUUCCCGUUAAAGUACUGAAAGGACAUCGGGUAGAAGGAGAGCUGGGUGUUGUGGAUUGUCAGUUCCAUCCAAAUCAACCAUGGAUUUUCACUGCCGGAGCAGAUCACCUCAUUCGACUGUACACGUGACAUCUCUUAUUAUGCUUUUUUUAACAGUCACAGAACGACCAAGUCACUACGCAAUUUCGCUUGUUCUAAGAUGCGCGAGAUUAUGCCAGUACAUCAAUGCGUCCAAAAAAAAAAAACAGAUCGUGGCCCACGAAAUGCGAUCUUCU